AUGUGCCGAGAGGGUCAGGUGCGCCUCGUGCAGCGAGGGCUCGAGGGCGUGGUCGAGGGCGCUGCAACCCACACCGUGAAUGGAUCCCAACAACCCACGGAGGGCCCCAAGCCUAGUGCUGCCAACUCGCUAUUCGGGCAACCAAAUCAACACAAACCUGUUGCAUCGCUGUUCGGCGCUCAGCCCGCUCAGCCCGCUCAACAUUCUCCGUUUUCCAGACUUUCAGCGGCUUCGAGCGUCGCCAAAAACCCAUUCGCCCAACCCACGAGCGUUAAGAAACAACAGUCCUCGACGAAAUUUGUUGGCGGGGGAUCUAAUGUUGCCGCAUCCAUGGAGCAUGCAUCGACGUUGAACAAUUACCAGGAACGCUUUGACAAACUAAAAAUCGAUCAAGUGAGACAGCGCGAACGGGCGAUCAAGGAUGGGCAAAUGGCAGACCCGAACCAGCCGACUUCCUUGAAACAGGCUAUCACACCUGUGGGUACCUGCACCAGCAUGUGUCCCGAUUUCGAGAGGGUGGAGCGGAUCGUGCAGAAAGCAGUCGAUAAAUGUGAAAAGCACUACAAUCCGGCAACGAACCAGCUGGAAAUUAUGGAAACCAAGAUGGUGAAGCGCUUCCGGCGUGCGGCAGCUGGAAAUGAUGAGCAAUUGCCCUCGGAUAUCAGGACGCCAAAGACACUUUUACAAACCAUGAACUAUCUUAUCCGUUAUGUGAUCAAUGGUGGUGAACCGUUAGCCGUCAUUCACAUGUUUGUCUGGAACCGAACACGAUCAAUCCGAAACGACUUCUCAGUGCAGCAACUUACACAAGAAGAGGAUGUAAAGACAGCGGUAGUUUGUCUAGAGAGGAUUGCGCGAUUUCAUAUCGUGUCCCUACAUCUUCUUUCUAACCCGGCGAACACAGAGCAAUUCGACCGUCACCAGGAGCGUGAGCAACUCAACAAUACCAUGCUCUCUCUCAUGUACUACUACGAUGACAACCGUGAGCGCAUUCACUUCCCCAACGAGGAUGAGUUUCGCGCCUACCACAUCCUCUUCUCGAUCCACGACCAGCGGCCUGACCUGGAAGCCCGUGUCCAGAAAUGGCCAACCGCCCUACUUGCUUCGCCUCGAGUGCAGGUGGCAUUGGAACUCUUUGCUGCUGCCUGUAAUACAUGGGAGCCUCAAGGUGCGCUGGAUUCUCGCCGACCGAACGCAGUGGCUCAGGGAUUCUACGCCCGCUUCUUCAACAUCGUCAAUUCCCCGAGUGUGUCAUAUCUGAUGGCCUGUGUGGCUGAGGUUUACUUCAACCACAUUCGUCAGACAGCAAUCCGUGCAAUCUGGAAAGCCUACUGCCGAACUCCGCUGUCACAGCAAUCCAAAAAUGACCAUUGGACUGUGGAGGAAUUAACCAAGGUUUUGCACUUUGACGACGACGAGCAGACAAUUGAAUAUUGCAAUGCACAGGGCUUAGAGUUUGUGGAGAACGCUAGUGGUGGACUCUAUCUCAAUUGGGGUGAUCGAUCAGUAGACUCUGUGGACUUUGCCCCUUCCUCUGACCACUCUUUCUCUGAAACCUAUGUGGAGUCGAAGCGCGCAGGACGUAGUCUUGUUGCCAUCAUUCUCGGCAUGAACAUCAGUGAAGCCGCAAGAAUGGGCAUGAUAGAUCGCUCCCAGUUGCCUCAAAAGAGUGAAACCAUGCCUGAAGCCGAGGCCGAAGAUGGGGAUCUCUUCGUGGAUGAUGUUGAUAAUCAGACACCCGCACCUGUGGUUGAAACACCCAACGCCCUUAUUCAGGAUACGACUGCUUCUGAAUUUCGGAUCGCUUCGGAGUCCCAAAAAUCUUUACAAUCUACUGCUGCAAGUUCGCCUUCCCUCUUCCAGUCAAAUCUACCUCCUGCCGCUUCAAAGCCGCCAAAUCCUUUCGCGGCGCCCUUCCAGCCAUCUCGUAUGGCAUUUCCUCCCUCAAAUCCAUUCGCAAAUUCGAUACCCUCGGCCACUGUUACGCCUGCAGUGCCGUCUCCCUUCAAUUCUUCGCCAAAUCCGUUCUCGUUCCCAAAAGAGACCGAAAAGACCGACGCUUCUGCCCUGACCACGACACCCUCGCUUUUCCAGACAAAGCCCUCUCCUUCUCAGCCUGACGCUACCGACAAGCCAGCUGUUUCGUCUGUUACCCCUGCCACGCCCUCAUCGUCCGCUUUCGCCUCUGCUUCUUCUGCUUCGUCUGUUUUCUCAAAACCAGCGUACGAAAAUCUUAAGACGGAGACACCUGCAACAACUGCUCCCGCGUCUGCAUUUCCAAAGCCUAGUCUCUUCCCUCCUGCAUCGUCGAUUGCAGAUAAACCCGCCUCCAUUUUCUCGAAUGGCUCCAGUUCUGUGCUAUCCCCUGGCUUGAGUCCUUUCACAGCGCCAUCUCAAUUCUCCUUCUCCAAGCCAUCAGAACCGACGCAGAAAACAGAGACUCCAGCGACAACUACCCCAGUGCAUCCUACGCUGUUCAAUCCCAGCACUUCGCCUCACGCAGCAUCGGCUGUGGACAACCCUACCUCUGUGUUUUCUUCUGGCGCUGGUGCCUUCACUGCGCCGUCCCUAUUCUCCUUCUCCAAGCUAUCAGAGCCAACUCAGAAGCCAGAGAAACCAGCACCAGUUCCUACCGCGUCCUCUUCGCUGUUCAGGCCCAGCACCUCGCCUCCCACACCAUUGACUGAAUCCAAGAACCUCUUCGCGCCUUCGAUAUUCUCUGGUGCCAACCCCUUUGGUCCCACAAACGCCUCUGUACAGUCUACAGCCUUGAAGAGCGAUACCAAAGUCCAGCAAACAACAAAUGCAUGGGAUAAUCCAUUUGCGUUUCAGAACGCUCCGCCAUCUUUCCCAGCCGUGGAUCUGGGAAACACUAUUACCCCUGCUGCUCCAUCCCUAUUCCAAGCACCCAAAGCCCCAGAGACAGCUCUCAAAGCCAAGGACACUGCGCCUAUGUCGAGCUUUGGGCAGCCCUUCUCACCGUUCUCUGUGAACAAUGCUAGCACCAUUUCAGGUCCUUCGAAAGCGGCUGCAGGCCAAUUCCCAGUCCUCAGCUCGGUUUUUGCAGUUCCCAAGGCAACGCAGUCAAGCCAGAAUGCAGAUGUUUCAGCAACUACUGCGCCCACGCCCGAGAACCCUCCAUUGGGGCUGUCCCCGUCUUUGGGUAACCUACAGUCGCCCAAGCUGAGUGAAACUUCAGUGUUCAGUCAGUCUGCACCUGCACAGGCCCAAAUUCCUGUCUCGAAGCCCAUCAACAACUCUGCUUCGAUUUCGGGCACGCGUAGGUCUGUCUCGCACACUCAAUCGACCGCCUCGUCGCCUCCCCGGACUCUUUUUGAAGCACUUCGGCAGCCAAAAAUAUUUGACACCACAUCUGACGCAUAUUCACCUGAAACGGCAACUACUCAGUCGCGAGCACCCUUGUUCCAUAGCCCAGAACCCUCGGUGGCUCUAGGACAGCAAGGGGCAUUGAAACGCCAGCAUGGGGCCACCGAUGCAGAUUUAUUCCACCAGCACAAGAGGCGCUCCUCGCUGAAAGGGAAAGCUCCUGCGGCAGUGUCUGAUGGUUCCUUCAAACGGUCUGUGCAUUUUGAAGAGGAAAAGCCUCUGCCACCGGAGUCGCAAGUGUCCUUGGUGCACAAGAAGUCCGGAGUCCUCAAAAAGAAGCGAGUGAUGGACGAGCAGACUGAGUCCCAGCCGGAGGAACAGGGUCCAAGUACCAAGGUGCCCAAGGUUUCCACAGGAGAUGAAUAUGUCCCUUUCAAGUUCUCCGUAUACAAAGCAGAAAACCGCCCCAUGCCGAAGCUCCCGAUCUUGGAAAAGCUGGAAGAAAAGCUUGCACGAGCCAAAGCGUUGUGCGAGCCAAAGCGUCUUACGGAAGAACAACUCCAGUACAUCGAGGAAGCCCGACUGAAACGGGCUCGUCAAGUUGACGAGGACGAGAUAGCUCUCUCUCGGGCACGGAUCUUGGCUGAGAAGCUGAGGACUGGCCCUGGAAUCUUCGAUGGUUGGGCUGGAAAAAGCCGAGAACCAUGGCACGACCCAAACAGAAACCCUGUCGCCCGAAUCGUGGACAAGUACCACGCCCGGAAAAUUUCCCAACCAACAUCCCAUGUACCCCCGCGUCUGACACUCAAUCGCACUACCAGAGGAUACGAGGUCGCUUACGCUCCUGAUACUCCGGGCCGACCUAUGUCCCGCACCGAGCAGCGAAUCCGACGCACAGGUGCCCGUGGACUUGCCCAUGUGCCCCUGGAUUUCGAACGCCACAGGCGAGAGAAAGAGGAGAUGGCUCAGAGCAAGGAUGGAAAGAUGGCGAAUCUCGACAACUACAAGAAGGAUGAGGAAGACAAAGACGUGUCUUCCCAGGUUGUUUAA